UUUAUUGUCUGGUUAAAGCUGUUAAAAAUGGUGCGAAAAGGUUUUAUAUUUUAAUCUAAUUUACGUUAUUCUGCUUGCUGAUCAAAUUUUAGACUUAAAAGUACCUUACUGUAGGGCGUCUCCUUUAAGAGCACGGACCAACGGUCUCAGCGCCCAAUCGCGGCGCGUAAACUGAAAGUGUUGUUGUUAGCAACUAGCGGCUAGCUUUCAGCUAAUGUUAGCAAACCGAAGAGCUAACGGUGCGAGACAUUUGAUUAUCUCAAGCGAAUUAAAGUUGAGUUAACAUUUAGUCAUUUAAGUAAGAGGAACAAGUCUUAUUCAGUGUGUGCCUUCAACAAAAUCAAAAAAUGACUUCUGCACUGUCGGAUCCAACCCUUGAGAGACAUUUUAAGGGUCAUCGGCACACUGUGACCAGUGUGGACUUCAGCUGCAACAUGAAACAGAUUGCUACAGGCUCUGUGGACUCUUGUGUGAUGAUCUGGAACAUGAAGCCUCAGAUGCGAGCGUAUCGCUUUGAUGGGCACAAAGAAGCUGUCACUUGUGUUCAGUUUUCUCCAUCUGGCCACCUGGUAGCCUCCACCUCUAGAGACAAAACUAUACGCCUUUGGGUGCCCAGCAUGAAGGCAGAUUCAACAGUAUUCAGGGCUCACACAGCGACUGUGCGCUGUGUUAAUUUCUCCGGUGAUGGACAGACUAUGCUGACAUCCUCUGAUGACAAGACCAUCAAACUGUGGACGGUCCACAGGCAGAAGUUCCUCUUCUCUUUCACCCAACACAUGAACUGGGUCCGCUGUGCUAAGUUUUCUCCAGAUGAUGGUUUGAUUGUGUCAUGUAGUGACGAUAAAACCAUAAAACUGUGGGACAAGAAAAGUAGAGAAUGCGUUCAUACUUUUACUGAGCAUGCUGGUUAUGCAAGCUAUGUAGACUUUCAUCCCAGUGGGACAUGCAUUGCUGCAGCAAGUACUGAUACCUCUGUUAAGAUUUGGGACAUCAGAACCCACAAAAUGCUUCAGCAUUAUCCAGUCCACAGUGGUGCUGUGAACAGUUUGUCUUUCCAUCCUGGUGGUAAUUUCCUAAUUACUGCAUCCAGCGACUCCACAAUGAAAAUACUGGACCUGGUGGAGGGAAAGCUAUUGUAUACACUACAUGGACAUCAGGGUGCAGUCACAUGUGUGGCCUUUUCUAGAGCGGGGGAUUACUUUUCAUCUGGAGGUUCUGAUGAACAGGUUUUGGUGUGGAAGAGCAACUUUGACGAAUGUAUUGAAAGCAGUAAUGGUGUCAAAUCGCAAUGUAAAAGUGCAGCGAGUUCACAGUCUCGGCCAGCCAGUUCAACAGCUCAUCUUCAUUUUAACUCACAACCGCCUGUCCUCAACAACCAGACCUUCGAAAGAGCCGAGCACCUUAACAGACCAAACACUCAAACUACGGCUCGCACUCUUAGUUUCGGCCAUAGUGACGGCCACAGUCGAGGGACUCACUCCCAUGCCCACAGAGACGCCGCCACCAGGUCACCCUCCACCCAGCAGACUCAGGGUUCACAACUACCUGCACACCAGGAUAAAGGCCUGUCUGAUGUUUUGGAUGGAAGGGUUCCCUCCAGUUUAGCCAACACCCUGGAGCACAUCAUAGGUCAACUGGACGUUCUCACUCAGACGGUUUCGAUCCUCGAGCAGCGGCUGACACUGACGGAGGACAAGCUCAAGGAGUGUUUGGAGAACCAGAUGGAGAUUGGACUGCAUCUCCAAAAUCGAGACGAAGGAAGAAGGUGGCCAAAUCAACACUGUUGAUGAUUAAAAAAAAAAAAAAAAGACUUAAGCGAAUGCUGCAAAGGCAGCGUAAAAAAAUGCCAGCAUACAAUUGCAGUCAAACAAGCUGCAUAACCAAACAAAUGCUUUCUGAGCUUUCCUGCUGAUGCACAGGUUACUUCACACACAGAUAUCAGAGGUGAAAGAGUUGAAUAUUAGAGAAGUUCCCCUACAGCAGUGCUGAGUGUGCAGGCUGUUUUCUGCUGACAAAGGCCUUAUCCCCUUCUAUACGUGCAUAUAAUGUGUGUGUGUGUGUGUGUGUGCAGAACGACUGCCUGUAGUCAACCUUUAUGAUUCUCUUUAGCGUUUGCAUUUCAAUUUGCCAAGCGAAGACUGAGAUUAAAUGCUCAAACUUCAGUUGCAACAUGCAUGCGUAGAAAGAAUUAUUUCAACUUAGUAAAUAAUUAAACGUAGCAACAAUUAAAGAGACAAUGCAGUGCCUUUCAUUUGUCUGAUAAUGGUUUAGAUUUUCCUUACCGUAGUAAAGAAAAAAAAACAAACCAACAAUUACAAGAUAUUAGAGGCCUUGAUGUAUUUUUGGGAAGCUCCUUUAAACUUUUGUUUACAUUUUAAUUUUCUUAGUUUUGGGCUUAAGCAUUACAGGGUCUGGAAAAAUCCUGGCGAAAUUAAAGAAUUUGUUUAUUUUCUGUUGAGAAUUGUUGACGGCCAGAAAUUUUUUUAAAUUGCUUUAUAGUUUUUCUUCAGAAAAUCUAAUUUUAUUUUAUUUUUGGUCUUUCUGUGCCUCAACCAUUUAUUCUCUGAAGUAAUUGUUUUUGUUUCCUCUCUCUUAAUAAAUGUUUUACAUUCUCAACCUUAAUUAGGAGAUACUGGGUCUUAUUUCGUAACAGUGAGGGCUGUUUGUGUGCUGAGUCAAAGAAAAUGUGUCUUCUGAACCAGAUUAAUGAAGUCAUGGGUUACUUUUUACUGCUGCGGUCCUCUGAGCUGCAACAGUUACCGGACGGAGGUUGACUUUCCUGCUUUAAUUGUCCCUAGAAGAGAUGUUAAGCUCAUGAGCUGUGAGCUGUGUCAUCAGGUGAUCCUAGCGAGUAAUUUCCAACCCUUGCUUUGCCAGAAUCUGUCGAAUUAUAUUUUGCAAAGAACAAAAAGACACUACAGGUGUGUUUGAAUCCAAAAAUCCAUAUGUUUUAGACCCAGAGCAGUAAUUUCAUUAGUAGAAGCUUCAAAUGAGCCAAAGCUACAGUUUUGGUCACAAAGUAAAAGUGUUGUCUGAGUUGAGCUUGAACAAUCCAUCUUAUUUUCAUUUAUUUCUUAUUUUUUCAAGAGGUAAUAAUGUGCAGUUGGUUGGUGAGUCAGGAUGAGUGGAAGGGAGGCGGGUGGGGGUAUCAGAUGUGAGAGAACGACAUGAAGAAAAUAUUAACAACUGUUCCUUUAAGACUCGACGCUGCCUCUGCCCUGAUGGAAAAAGAAGAAAAUAAAACCGGAAUUCUGGAGCUGUGCUGCCGGGCCCACUCUCUUCCUUCCUGUCUGGGGCCCGCGGACUCACACACACACACACACACACACACACAAAAUGCUCUCCAGCCAGAGAAAACAGCUCCCUUUGCUAUGGGCCUCAACCAGACAGCCUGCCAGGAGCUCCGGCUGAAGGGGGCUGAAAGAGAAAGCUCAAUAACGGGGGUGUGCGUGUGUGUGUGUGUGUUUGAGUUCUCUCAUAUGGAUGCCUCUACGAGGACCAGGAUUCAGUUUAGUUCAUGAGAGAGAGAAUAUGGGUUAAAUGAGAAACGUCUUUCAAAGAUUUUAGAUUUUGGGACAAACUUUUCUGAUUUCUACUCCUAAAAUUUUAGUUGAUAUUAGUUUUAUCGGCUGACACAGUUCUACUUAAGCCCCCAAUAAUUUGCGUGAGUUUCUAAGUAUUGAUUCUUGUUCAUUUUAAGCUGUAAUGUCAUACAUUUUUCCAUAAUUAAAGCCAGAUUGUCGCUCAUUAA